AUGACAACUAUUUGUCUCAUUAUGAUUUUGAUAAUUAUAAGUUCAAUAUUAUAUCUUUAUAAACCUAUAUGUAAAUUAAUUGAACAAAAAACUAUUUAUUCAUCAUGUUUCAAAAUACCUAAAUGUGAUUACAUUCCUGUAUUUGGUCAUAUGUUCACAUUAGCUGGUCAAGUGUCAAAACGAGGUACUUCAGGUAAAAAAUGGAAAACACGUCGACGAAUUAUAACUCCAUCAUUUCACAAUAGUAGUCUUUUGCUUAAUUGUAUUGAUACAUUUAAUGAACAAUUAGACAUUGGUCUAAAAUGUUUUCAGAAAUUAGCUGAUCAAAAAGUAGAAACUAAUUUAUAUCCAUUGAUUUCAGCUUGGACACUUGAUGUUAUUUGUGAAACAGCAAUGGGUAAAACAGUUCGAGCACAAAUUGAAGAAUCUGAAUAUGUAAAAGCUGUUAUACGAAUUACGGAGCUUAUAGCCCUACGAAUGCGUUCACCAUGGUUAUGGCCUCGACCAAUAUUUAAGAUUUCCGCUGAAGGUCGUGAACACGAUCAUCUUGUGAAUAUUAUACAUAAAUUUACUCGGCAAGUAAUCGAAGAUCGUAUUGCUGAGUUUUCUUCAAUUCAUCUUCGACAUCGAAUGGCUUUUCUCGAUACACUUAUUGCAAAAAUGAAUGAUGAACAAAUGUCAAUUGAUGAUAUACAAGAAGAAGUCGAUACAUUUAUGUUUGAAGGUCAUGAUACAACAGCAACUGCACUUAAUUUUGCUUUAUUUAUGAUUGCACUUCAUCAGGAUAUUCAACAACGUUUAUUCGAAGAAAUGCAAAGCAUAUUUGAAAAUGAUAAUGAACGUGCAUGUACACUUGAUGAUAUUACACAGAUGAAUUAUCUUGAACGCGUUAUCAAAGAAACAUUAAGACUACUACCAUCGGUUCCAAUGAUUGGACGAGAAAUUCAAGAAACUUUCCAAUAUGAUGGUAAAACAUUUUUAAAAGGUACAACAGCUAUAAUAUUUAUCUAUGAAAUUCAUCGUGAUCCACGGCAAUUUCCUGAACCAGAAAAAUUUGAUCCUGAUCGAUUUUUACCUGAAUUAGUUCAACAACGAUAUCCAUAUGCAUACAUCCCGUUUUCUGCUGGUUCACGAAAUUGUAUUGGUCAACGUUUUGCUUUGCUGGAAGAAAAAGUGUUUCUUUCAACAAUAAUUCGUCGAUUUCAUCUAACAACAAGUCAAAGUUAUCAAGAUUUUGUACCGACCGAACAAAUAAUUCUUCGUUCUGAUAAUGUACUCAAAGUGAAACUUAUAUCACGCACAUAA